CAACUUCAACAACGACAUCAUGGCCCAAGGCGAAUCCUCCAAAUCGGCUGCCCGCAACGGCGUCAAGCCCAAUCCCAAUGCUGUCGGCGGCGCAAACUACGAACUACCAUGGGUCGAAAAAUACCGCCCCGUCUACCUCGACGACGUCGUCGGCAACACCGAGACAAUCGAGCGCCUCAAGAUCAUCGCAAAAGAUGGCAACAUGCCGCACGUAAUCAUUUCCGGUAUGCCUGGCAUCGGCAAGACAACGUCUGUUCUGUGUCUCGCGCGGCAGCUACUCGGCGACGCGUAUAAAGAAGCGGUACUAGAGCUGAACGCCAGCGACGAGAGAGGCAUUGACGUGGUUCGGAAUCGGAUAAAAGGGUUCGCGCAAAAGAAGGUCACGCUGCCUCCAGGACGGCAGAAGAUCGUGAUCUUAGAUGAGGCGGAUAGCAUGACGUCCGGCGCCCAACAAGCCCUCCGCCGCACCAUGGAAAUCUACUCCUCGACCACCCGCUUCGCCUUCGCCUGCAACCAAUCCAACAAGAUCAUCGAACCGCUCCAAUCCCGCUGCGCAAUCCUGCGCUACGCCCGCCUCACCGACGCCCAGAUCGUGCGCCGCCUGCUGCAGAUCUGCGUCGCCGAGUCCGUCGAGCACAGCGAGGACGGCAUCGCCGCGCUCGUCUUCAGCGCCGAGGGCGACAUGCGCCAGGCCGUCAACAACCUGCAGAGCACGAGUGCCGGGUUCGGGUUCGUGAAUGGGGACAAUGUGUUCAAGGUGGUGGAUAGCCCGCAUCCGAUUAAGGUGCAGGCGAUGGUGAAGGCGUGCCAUGAGGGACGCGUGGAUGAUGCGUUGGGCGGGUUGCGGGAGUUGUGGGAUUUGGGGUAUAGUUGUCAUGAUAUUGUUAGUACCAUGUUUAAGGUUACGAAGACGAUUCCGGUGUUGAGUGAGCAUGCGAAGUUGGAGUUUAUUAAGGAGAUUGGCUUCACGCACAUGCGGAUCCUCGAGGGCGUGCAGACACUCCUACAGCUCCAAGGAUGUGUGGCGAGGCUUUGCAAGAUCAAUAUGAAGCCGCAGCUGUUCAAGGUAUGAAGGGCAAGCGUCGCGAGCUCGUUGAAAUUCAGCUCAAUUCUGAACUGAAUUUUCUGAGCAAUUGGUAGGUAAGUAUGCAUUUUCAAGCAAGGCGUUACUGGCACGGCGCAUAGUAUCUGAAGCAUGAUGGGAU